CGUCAGGUACAUGUACUAUUUCGAGGUCAACAUUUAGGUACUUCUAAGAAGGCUUCGUUCUUGUAAUUCUCAGCCUUGCCCCACUACCUUGUUGAACUGUUUACUUUCCAAGAAGUUAGAAGUCGGGCAUUGAACAACUACCUAGUUUACGAAUACGACUCAAGCUUCCUUCCAACGCCGAAUCCAAUACAAUCAUUACAAUAUGCCACCGGUCAGAUCCCUCGGCUCGUCACGAUCCAAGAAGCCGCCAGCCGGGUUCGACGACAUCCGCGACGACCUCGAGAUCUUCAACAUCAAGAUGAAGGACGCGCAGAACUUGCCUACGAACAACAUCCCCAAGCACCAGGCGCAAUGGCCCAUUUUCCAGAUCUCCCAUCAGCGAAGCCGAUAUGUCUACGAGCUCUACUACGAGAAGGAGGCUAUCAGCAAGCAGCUGUACGACUGGCUGCUUAAGAAUGGGUAUGCUGACGCUAUGCUAAUUGCUAAAUGGAAGAAGCAGGGUUACGAGAAGCUAUGCUGUCUCCGCUGCAUCCAGACCAAGGAGACGAACUUCCAGUCGACGUGUGUCUGCCGAGUACCCAAAGCCCAGUUGAAGGACGAGCAGGAUGUCCAAUGUGUCAGCUGCGGCUGCAGAGGUUGCGCUUCGAGCGAUUAAAUUAUGGUUUUUGAGUUUAUGCACUGGUUGGGCUUCGUGGCAUAACGGCGUUAGGGUUCAUUCUACAUACUGGUUUCCGGCAUCACUAUACCUAUUGGAGUACGGGCGAUCCGUUUCACUGCAUGAUAUCACGAGCUUCUAGGGAAGAUAAUGGAAUAGACUAAAGGCUCAAUUCAGAAAGCAUCAUUUAUCACGGGCUAGAAUAUCAUUCGUAUGUAAUGCUACUGUUGAUGUCGUUGGGUUCAUGCUCAUGCUCAUAAUUUCGUGCUCUCGUGUCCUCAUUUAUCGUUGUUUUCGUCACAUCAUCGUCUUGCGAAUCCCGCUAUUCCUUUCCUGUGGCCAAAGCGU